AUGGAACUCAGCAGCCCUAGUGGAAUAAACUACACAGUAAUUUACAACGAGAAGUUGAAUUGGUUCGACGCCCUCACAUUCUGCGAGGCUCGUGGCUUGGUUCUUGCCCACCGAAUUAAUACCGAGCAAGAGUUCGAUUACAUCGAUGGAUUGCUGAAUGGGGCAGGAAUCAGAUCUGAUUAUACCUGGGUCGGCGGCACUGAAAUCGGCCUCGAAAACAGCUACUACUGGAUCGAAUCAGGGGACAGAGUUGAGCUCAAUAAAUGGGAUCCCAACCAACUGCCUGACACCGCUAACAGGUGUCUAUCGAUAAGAAAUGGACUUUGGUUCCGCGGUUUGUGCAAAUCUGAAUACAACUUCUUGUGCAUGGAACUGUAA